AUGCAUAAACCAUAUAAAGGAUUGAUAGACCCAUCAGGAUAGAAUUAUGGAGGAUAGAGCUUAAUGUUUUUUGAGAAAUACAAUCAUAGAGAAUAUUUAAACAAAGUCAAAGCAUGGCCAUUAAGCCAUAUUAAAUAUAUGGAAACUGAUUAUCCAAUUCAAGAAUCAAAAUAUUAACCAUAUAAAAAUCCAUUAAUUGAUGAGAAGGUAACUUUAGUGAAACCAAAAAGUGAAAUAAUACCUGAAAAUAAACCUCAUUUCUUUAGAAGAGUCCAAAGUUCAAUCGAACCAGGAUUACAAUAAACUUUAUAUCAACCAAAUUAAAUGUGGCCUAAACAUAAAAAAUAUAGAGAAAAAACAUCUGGGUAAUAUUUAUAAUAUUUGAACCCAAAUAAUGAUCCGUAUGGAUAUAAAGAAUCCAAGAGAAGGACUAAAAACGAAAGAAAAGGCUUAUCAUAUGCAUCGAAUUUAAUGAACUUCUCUUUCAAAGAGGAAACAAUACUUUAAGAAUUUGAUAAAAUAUUCUAAAGAAAAAUCAAUUCAGGAGAAAGAAUUACGAUUGAAAUCGUUUAAUCAAUAGUAAUUUAAUUGGGAUAAUAAUUUAAUAUUAAAUCUUUAGACACAUUCUCUAAAUUAUUUAAUCAUAUUUCAAAAUAAGGUUAGUUCUCUAUGAAAGAUUUUGAAUAAAUGUAUACAAAUGUGCUCCAUCAUUUUAGUUGA